CAGUGUUGAGCAGGCUGGGGCGUGCAAUUGGAUUUGAAGCCAAACCGGAAGAAAGCCACGCUUGUAUGGUCCUUCUGGUGAUCCUCUUUCAGUUCUAUUAUUCAGUUGGAUGGUUUGACGUGGUUCUGUCUCCAGCUGCUGCCUCCUAAUAUUAGCUAGAUGCUUGGAGAGGCUUGGUCCCAGCUUCUGGUGGUUACCGCCACGUUGCCGCCCUUGCGCUCGUCAAAUCUGCAUUUGGGCAAGCUCAGUUUGGUAGCUAGUCUUAUAUUUUUCUGAGCAACAAGGCAUGCAACCGUUUAUUCUACUUGUCAUCGGAUCCGACAGAUUUUGAUUGCUCUCUACUUGGUAGAUUAGGUUAUUGGCCUGAUUGGCUUUUGGUUUUGCUGAGCAUUUGGAGCGGCACUCACUUGCAACAACCGGAGGAAGCUCGGAUAAACAGCUAGCAGUUCUUCCUCAUUUCAGCGGCAGGUUACAGUUGCCUUCUUUCAUAGCUGCUAACCUGGUUCCUGACACUGCACCCCGACAUGAUACUGCCGUCAUGCUACCAGAACUUGAGCAGUUUCAUCACGUAGAAAGUUUGCAGCCAACCAUUCGGAAGGGUGCUUUACAAGGCACAGCAGCGCGGAGACGCAAUAAGCAUGCUGCUUCGUAACGUCCCACCUCCUUUGCUACCAGGAGAACAGUUAUACGAGCUCUAAGGUGCCAAAUUGAGAAGGGACACAGUAUCUGUAUGAGAUGGAAGGACCAAUCAGCGGAAUGAGGUCAUCUUGGCCGGCGGGACGGCCACAGGAAGCCCCAGCUACUAGCCGCUCUUUCAAGCUCAGAAAAUUGCUGUUGAGAUACUACCCCCCUGGAAUCAUUUUGGAGUAUGAGGAUCAAGCGGGAGCAGUUCAGCAAAGCAGCCUGGAUCUGCUGAAUUUGGAUGCAGACACGGAUGUCGAGGCGGUGUGCAGCGAGAUCAUCGCGCAGGAGGGCCUGGUCGGCGAGAGCCGGCGCGGCACGCUGCGCAAGAUGGUCGAGAAGCUGCAGAAGAAGAUGCGCACGGACGCAGGGGCGCACCAGGAGUUCCGGACGCACAAGGUGUUGAAAGCCCACAUGCUGCCGUUAACCAACUGUGCCUUCAAUAAGUCGGGGGACCGCUUCAUUACUGGCAGCUAUGACCGCACCUGCAAGGUCUGGGACACGUACUCUGGGGCUGAGAUCCACUCGUUGGAGGGGCAUAAGAACGUGGUGUACGCCAUAGCGUAUAACAACCCGUUCGGCGACAAGAUCGUUACGGGGUCCUUUGACAAGACCUGCAAGCUAUGGCACGCAGAAACGGGGGAACUGUUGCACACGCUACGAGGCCACCAAACGGAGAUCGUGUGCCUUUCCUUCAACCCGCAAUCAACAGUCAUCGCGGCCGGGUCGAUGGAUAGCACCGCGAAACUGUGGGACGUCGAAACGGGAACCGAAUUGUGUUCGUUAUGGGGCCACAAUGCGGAGAUUGUCAGCCUCAGUUUCAAUACCGAGGGCGGGUUAGCCGUAACCGGCUCCUUUGACCACACGGCCAAGAUCUGGGACGCCAAGAGCGGGCGGUGUAUACACACUCUGGCGGGGCAUCGAGCUGAGGUUUCGGCGACCCAGUUCGACUUCGUGGGCGGAAUCGUGUUGAGCGGAUCAAUAGACAGGACGUGCCGGUUAUGGGACGUAGGUUCGGGGCGCUGCAUCCAGGUCAAGCAGGGUCACGAAGACGAGGUUUUGGACGUUGCUUUCGACACCACGGGCAACAAGUUCGUGUCCGCGAGCGCCGACGCCACCGCGCGCAUUUACAGCACGGCCUCCGGGGAGUGUCUGCACGAACUGGGGGGGCACGAGCUCGAGGUGUCCAAAGUGGCGUUCAACCCCCCCGGAACGAAAGUGAUCACCGCCAGCAGCGACAAGACGUGCCGGCUGUGGGACGCGCGCACCGGCGAGUGUUUACAGGUUUUGGAAGGGCACACGGACGAGAUCUUCAGCUGCGCGUUCAACUACGAGGGCGACUUUAUCAUCACCGGGUCAAAGGACAACACGUGUCGCAUCUGGAGGGCGUGACACGUGUCGCAUUUACCGAAAGGCUUCAUGGGAGUCGACUUGACGUACACGUACAAUUUCAGUUCCCCAGUUCUAGUUCCUAACAAAGAGUCAGGGUUGCGACCGAGUCAGAAACGGGCACGGUUAGUAAACGGGUUAGUGGGCUGUCCUGCUUGGACAAAGGUGAUGCGAGGGUGAGGUUAUCUACACCUAGGGGCGGGCUGCAUGCGCAUUGCGUGCGUUCCGCUGUGGUGGGGGCAAUUGGUGUGUUAGCUUUGAAGCGAAACGGAAUCCACCGGGCUAGUCUCGUCGUUGUGCUAGGCACAAGGAACUUAGUGGCAGGGUUUCAAUUGCUCGUCGGUAGCUGAAAUAAGCCGAGAUGUCGACUGGCAAGCGGCCCGAACCAAAGGACAGCAUUAAGAACAGCGAAGCUCGCGCACGUAUUUUCGACGAGCAGAAACAUAAGGAUGACUUUACUGAGCAAGGGGGCGGAUGAUUUAUAUACCGGGGUACAAGUUGAGCUUGUACAUAUGCAUCUUGGCCUGUACAAAGUGAAGCGGCGGUUCUAGGAAGUACAAUAUGCACGCAUAAUCACCGUACUAAUCUGACUGAUCUUCAAUGAUCGGUCUGGCCUUUUCACGCUUGGAAUUCUUCCCAAUGUGUUUUAACUUUUGUUAGACGUUGCUCAGACUCGGAGGCUAGCGUUGAUUCACUUACGACUCGAUGGCAGCGCGAAGUAGCUCAAUUCAGGCUGAGAGUUUGCCAUGCAUACACAAGCCUUUGCAAGUACAGCAGUCGGAACGGACCUAUGAACUUGAGUGAAAGCAUUCGACACCGGCCU